CUACCCAGCUUCAUCUGGGGCUGAGGAGGAAAUGAUUCUGGGGAGGAAGUGAGAGAGCGCCAGCGCCCCAGAGGUGAGGUGAGGGGCUGAGCAAAGCAGCGACUGUCUGUGGUGAGGAGGGGGGCAGGCCAUCCAUGGCGGCCGCCCUGGGGGAGGACCUGGCCCAGGCCCCUGAUACCCAGGAUGACUCCAGCUCCCUUGGCUCAGACUCGGAGCUCAAUGGUCCAGGACCCUACCGCAGGGCUGACCGGCACGGCUUCAUCGGGGGCGGUGCCAAGCCCUCAGAGGCAGGCCCAGGGCAACCUCCGCUGGAGCUGAUCCGGCAACGAGAAAUGAAGUGGGUGGAGAUGACAUCUCACUGGGAGAAGACCAUGUCCAGGCGGGCCAAGAAGGUGAAGAUCCAGUGCCGUAAAGGGAUCCCAACUGCCCUUCGUGCCCGCUGCUGGCCCUUACUAUGUGGGGCCCAAGGCCGACAGGCCCAAAACCCCAACACCUACCAGGAACUGGUCUCAGCCCCGGGAGACCCUCAGUGGCUGGAGGCGAUUGGGAGAGACCUGCAUCGCCAGUUCCCCCUACAUGAAAUGUUCCUGUCCCCCCAGGGUCAUGGGCAGCAAGGGCUUCUGAAUGUGCUUAAGGCCUAUACCCUGUACCGGCCUGAACAGGGCUACUGCCAGGCCCAGGGGCCCGUGGCUGCUGUGCUGCUCAUGCAGAUGCCCCCCGAGGAGGCUUUCUGGUGUUUGGUGCAGAUCUGUGAGUUCUACCUGCCAGGCUACUAUGGGCCCCACAUGGAGGCCAUCCGGCUGGACGCUGAAGUGUUCUCAGCCCUGCUGGGCAAGCUAUGUCCCCGGAUCCACAAGCACCUACAGCAGCAGGGCGUGGGGCCCCUACUCUACCUGCCUGAGUGGUUCCUCUGCCUCUUCACCCGCUCCCUGCCCUUUGCCACCGUUCUGCGCAUCUGGGACGCCUUCUUCAGCGAAGGGGUGAAGGUCUUGUUCCGGGUGGGGCUGACCCUGGUCCGCCUGGCCCUGGGCACAGCUGAGCAACGCAAGGCCUGCCCCGGGCUGCUGGAAACGCUGGAGAUGCUGCGUUCCAUCCCGCCAGCCCAGCUGCAGGAAGACCCGUUCAUGGCCCAGGUUCACGCGGUGGCUGUCUCGGAGCGAGACCUGCAGCGAGAGAGCCUCACUCAGCUGGCCAAGCUCCAGAAGACUUCCCCGGAGCUGCAGCUCAGACCCAAAGACCGCUUGCCCGGGGCCCCGGCCAUCUUUGAGGCCCAGCAGCUGGCCGCCACCAAGCCACCAGACCUCGAGGUCCCCCGCAUUGUGGUGCACCCCCCAGAGGAGCCGCGUCCCCGAAAGAAGCCACAGACCCGGGGCAAGACUUUCCAUGGGAUGCUGACACGAUCGCGGAGCCCCCAGACAGACGGCCCUUCGAGGCCCCACCGGGCCUCAUCCUCCUUCCUGGACACAAGGUUCUGAGAGACCUCCCUGGGGCACCGGGAGAGAGGGGACUCCCUGGGAAGCUUUGGAGGGCCUGAGUUUGAAUCCUGCCUCCUCCCUCUAGCCUUGGCCACACCCCUCCCUUCUCUGGACUCAGUGGCCUCUUGUGUAAAGUGACAGGGUCCACUCUAAGGUUUCUUCGAUUUCUGUAUCUAGGAUGUGAUAAAUCAGAAUGCUGAGGUCAUGGGUCUGAAUUCCACUUGCCUCUUGGGGGAGAGUGUCUCCCUGCAUCCCUCCCCCAUUCGUGGCUCUCAGAGACAUAUCUGCAGCCUAGGGAUCUGUCUCUGAUGGCCUGGGGGUGGGCUGGGGAUGCCCGUCCUGGCCAGAAGGGGACAGACCUCAGUUACCGCACCUCCCCUCUUGGCCCCUCCAGAGUCCACCAGCCUGUGUUCUCAUCUCUGGGCACCUUCAGGGACCUGGCCCAGAGUUUGGCUUAAAGGCUCCAGCAGUAAGAAUGGGUUGGGCAGAGCUAAAUUCUAGGGUUCUGCUCUUGAGAGCUCCACAGCCAGCCAGGGGUCAUCACUGUGGCCCCAGAUCACUGUGUGAGGUCAGACCAGUCCCUUCUCCACUCCUGGCCUCAGUUUCCCCUUCUCUGCAAGGAGAGAGUUGGACUGGAUCAGCCUCCAUAGUGGGAGAGCAAAGGAUCCCAGGACUCGGGCAUGAGGCCUUUUGGACACAUUGUAGGUGCACAAUAAAGGCUGGACCAAUUGAAUCUA